AUGAUGAUGAUUCCAAGGCAAUCUUUUUGCUUCUUCUUCUCUGCUUCCUUAAUAUUAAACACUCUUGCUUCACCUACGCUCCAAAGAAAUGCACUUUUGGAGUUCAAAAACGAAUUUCCGGGCAGUGUAUCGGUCCGCAAUGAAUUGUAUGGUCUUUCACCUUUAAGUUCAUGGAACACAAGCAGUGAUGAUUGCUGUUCUUGGAAAGGUGUCACAUGCGAUGCUAAAUCCGGUGAGGUGAUAUCUCUCGUCCUUAUAUCUAUCGCUUUUAACGGCUCUUUGAAGUCAAACAGUAGUCUUUUUAAACUCCAACAUCUUCGCCACCUAAGCCUUUCCUUUUGCCUUCUGAGAGGAGAGAUCCCUUCUUCACUAGGAAACCUGUCUCACCUCAUAGAACUAGAUCUUUCUUAUAAUUACUUGGUAGGUGAAAUUCCACCUUCCAUCGGCAACCUUAAGCUAAGUGUAUUGAAUCUCGAGUCCAACCGCCUUAUAGGAAAGAUUCCACCUUCACUAGGAAACUUAUCUUGUCUCACAAGUCUUGAGCUUGGUGGAAAUUACUUGAGUGGUAACAUUCCUAUACUAGGUAGGAGCCUGCGCGUUGCGCGAAAUUAUGUUUUUAUGCAGAUUCCAUAA